AUGUCUCUCACCAACGCAACGCCAGAGGCCGCCGCCAAGGAGGCAAAGACGGCGUCGUUUGCACUGGCUUCGCUGCCGGCCUCGGCGCGCAAUGCCGCCCUCGAUGCCAUCCACGCCGCCCUCGAUGCCGCCAGGGACGACAUCCUCGCCGCCAACGCCCGCGACCUAGAGCUCGCGAAAAAGGCCGCCGCCGACGGCUCCCUCAGCGAGGCUCUCGUCUCCAGACUCGACCUCGGCAAAAAGGGCAAGUGGGACGACAUGUUGAAGGGCAUCUUGGAUGUGAGGGAUUUGGAAGACCCAGGUAUGUUUUGUUUCUCGGCCAAGGAAAAGGGUCAGAUCACAGGUGUAAUUACGCAGACCCGCCUAACCCAGGCAACAGUUGGAAAGAUUCAAUUGCGGACCAAGCUCGACGACGACUUCAUCCUCGAGAGGGUUUCCUGCCCCAUUGGCGUCAUCCUCAUCAUCUUUGAGGCGCGUCCCGAGGUCAUUGCCAAUAUCGCCAGUCUGGCUGUCAAGUCUGGAAACGCUGCCAUUCUUAAAGGUACGUCUGCGCCCACGCGAAUUCUAUAUCCCCCUUUGAACGAAAAAGAACCAUUUGCUCAUGGGAACAAUGUAGGCGGCAAGGAGUCCACCGAGUCCUUCGUCGCCAUCUCCAAGGUCAUUUCGUCGGCCCUCGCAAAGACAGACGUCCCCAACGGAGCCAUCCAGCUCGUCACCACCCGCGACGCAAUCGCCCAGCUCCUCGCCCAGGACCGCUACAUCGACCUCGUCAUCCCCCGCGGCUCCAACGAGCUCGUCCGCUACAUCAAGGAGUCGACCAAGAUCCCCGUGCUUGGCCACGCAGAUGGCAUCUGCGCCAUCUACCUGACCGCCACCGCCGACCCGGAAAAGGCCAUCACCGCCGUCGUCGACGCCAAGACGAGCUAUCCCGCCGGGUGCAACAGCCUCGAGACCCUGCUCGUCCAGGACACCGCCCUCGGCACCUCGUUCCCCGCCGUGGCCGCCGCCCUCGCGGCCAAGGGCGUGUCGCUGCGCUGCGACCCAGCCAGCAAGGCGGCCCUGGCAUCCCUCGCCGGCGCCGACGUCAGGGAUGCUACCGCCGCCGACUUUGACACCGAGUUCCUGGGCCUAACCCUCGCCGUCAAGACGGUGGACGGCGUCGCCCAGGCCAUCGAGCACAUCAACACCCACGGCUCGCAUCAUACCGACUCCAUCCUCACGGCGGACGCUGCCGAGGCCGAGCGCUUCAUGAACCAGGUUGACUCGGCCGGCGUGUACUGGAACGCCUCGACGCGCGUGGCAGACGGCAUGCGCUACGGCUUCGGCACCGAGGUCGGCAUCAGCACCAACAAGAUCCACGCCCGUGGCCCCGUCGGCCUCGAGGGCCUGACCAUCUACAAGUACAAGAUUAGGGGGGACUACCAGGCCACCGCUGCCUAUGGCGACGGAGAGGGCAAGCGGCCGUGGAAGCACGAGAAGCUGUCCAUUGCCUAG